AUGUUCUUCAAGGCUUUUUGGUCGUCUAGACCCUUGGGCUUACUGAUGCGGUUCGAUUCCUGUAUCGUGCGAUCCUGUAUCGUGCUCGCUGGUUCAAAACCUGCAUCCAGUUCACAAGUCUUCCUGUACUUCAAGUAUUUCACCAACGAGCACCAAGACACCCUCAUGUCAUUGAACUACAUCAACAACGCUCGCAAGAUUCUCUGUAUUGGGCGCAACUACGCAGCCCAUAUUAAGGAGCUCCUGAAUGCAACUCCACAACAACCUUUUUUUUUUCUUAAACCUUCGUCUUCGGUGUUGAAGCCGAACUCGGGUCCGUUCCUUGUUCCUCGAGGAGUCGUCGUUCAUCACGAGGUGGAAGUGGGUAUAGUAUUGAACAGGACUCUUCGUGAUCUUCCUGACUCGUUCUCGAAUGAAGAAGCCCUUGAGUGCAUAGAAUCGUAUGCUUUGACUAUCGAUAUGACAGCCAGAAAUGUCCAAGAUGAGGCCAAAAAGAAAGGUUUACCUUGGUCCAUUGGUAAGGGUUUCGACACUUUUUUGCCAGUAUCGCACUCAAUUGCAAAGAAGGAUAUCCCUGAUCCAUAUAAGGUGGAGUUGUCGCUUUCUAUUAAUGACAAGGUUAAGCAACAAGACACAACCGAUCUCAUGUUGUUUCCCAUCCAUCGUAUCUUGUCCCACAUGUCACGUAUCAUGACAUUAGAAAAGGGUGAUUUGAUCUUGACCGGUACGCCAAAGGGUGUUGGUCCAGUUGAAGCUGGAGACCAUGUCAAGGCGACUUUAUCGGUGGAUGGAAAAGUGUUGGAAACCAUUGAGUUUGAUGCUGAACAAAAACCAGGUCCUUAUGAGUAUAAGGAGAUAUAG